UUCUGUAUGCGUCGUGCGCCGCCGCCGCCGCCGAACUGCACAUACGUCUGAUCUGGAUCGACUUGAUCCUGACGUGCACCGGCACCCACCCGGCCGCCCCCAUGCAGCGGCGACUAGACACGGACAAGUAGCAAGUACCCCUUGCAAUCAGAGACACGUGGGCAUCAAAACUUUGAGAAGUAUGGAUCCAAUCAAUAACAUUCAAAUGCAUAUGAGCCCCGGGGGAUUUAGUACGCCCAAAAAGAACACAACCAUACCUCUCUUUUCUUCUUCUUUUACGCCUGAAUGUGAUGAGCAUUUGAAGCCUAAAGUGGGUAUGACAUUUGAAGGACUCGAGGCCGUGGAGAAGUUCUACAAGGCAUAUGCACAUCAAUCAGGUUUUGGCGUUCGUAUCGGACAGCAGAAAAAGAUUGAGAAUAAGGUGGUCCGGACUAAGCGUUUCAUGUGUAGUAGAGAAGGAUUCAAGUCAAAAGAUAUUAAGGAGAUUAAUGACCCCUUGAGGAAAAGACGUAAGCAGACAGACACGCGAUGCGGUUGUGAUGCUCAUAUAUUUGUUAGACUUUGUGGGGAGAACACCUACAAGAUAGACUCAUGGAUUGAGCAUCAUGUUCAUGGUCUUGUAUCACCUGAUAAGCGUCAUUUGAUCAGAUCCAAUCGUAGAGUUAGUGAGAGGGCAAAGAAUACUUUAUACACAUGUCAUAAGGCAAGCAUUGGAACCUCCCAGGCAUACAGGCUCCUGCAAGUUAGCGAGGGUGGAAUUCCGAAUGCUGGGUGCACAAAGAGGGACUUGCAAAAUUACUAUCGCGGACUCAGGUAUAAAAUCAGAGACGCGGAUGCUCAAAUGUUUGUGGCCCAAUUAGCUAGAAAGAAGGAAGUGAAUUCAGCAUUUUUCUAUGAUUUUGAGGUGAAUGAUGAGGGGAACCUGGUGCGUGUGUUCUGGGCGGAUGCCACAAGCAGGAAGAACUAUAGUCACUUUGGUGAUGUGAUAUCCUUCGAUUCUACAUACACCACUAAUCAGUACAACAUGAUAUUUGCAUCAUUUACAGGGGUUAAUCAUCACUUACAAAGUGUCUUUUUUGGUGCUGGAUUCUUAUCAAAUGAGAAGGAUGAGUCAUACAUUUGGUUAUUUCAGACCUUCCUAAAAGCAAUGGGAGGGGUAGCACCUAGACUCAUCAUAACUGAUGAAGCUGCUAGCAUCAAGAAUGGUAUUGACAAAGUUCUUCCAGCCACUAUGCAUAGGUUAUGCAUGUGGCAUAUAAUGGAAAAGGUGCCUGAAAAAGUUGGACCUUUGAUUAGGGAAGAUUCUGAAUUUUGGCCGAGAUUUUGGGUUGGAGGAUAA